GUGGGAGUGUGUGAUAAUUCUAAAAUAUUCCUUCCUGUUGAACCGUUUCAUAAUGAUUUUUUACAAUAAUUAAAACUGUUCAGUUUGGCGAAUAAUACAAUCGGCAUGAUUUCGAGCGUUUUCCUUGUUUUAUUUUAUCUUACAAACCCAUCAUUUUGCGAUGAACGAGGCCCAAGAGUAAAGAGAAUAGUCGGAGGAAUUCCAGCAGAAGAACCACCAGCAGAUGAUCCUACUAUAUUUACAAAUUUUGCGGGUAGAUCGGCCCGAGUACAAGGGAUUCUGGAUUAUCCGCAUUAUGUCUUUAGAGGUAUCAAAUUUGCUUAUCCGCCUGUAGGAAAAAAUCGGUUCCUGAGACCGAGGGAAAAAUUGUUAGAUGGCUUAAUUAACGCUACAUAUUAUGCGCCUCCUUGUAUACAGCCACGGCCUGGAACAAAUCAAGUUAUUGGCAGUGAAGAUUGUUUAGCUCUUAAUGUCUUUACUCCUGAACUUCCAACUGGAACAGAAGGUCUUCCGGUAGUUGUAUGGAUCCAUGGUGGUGGUUUUAGAUAUGGCUCAGCCUCUCAAUAUGGGGUGAGACACCUGGUAGGGAAAAGAUUGGUGGUCGUCACCAUUCAGUACCGUUUAGGCUCAUUGGGCUUUAUAAGUUCUGGUACUAAACAUUUGCCGGGGAAUGUUGCGCUAUGGGACAUGGCACUAGCUGUUCAGUGGGUCAGAAAUUACAUAGGCUUUUUUGGAGGUAAUCCCUACCGAAUUAACGUCAUGGGCCAUGGUACUGGAGCAAGCAGCGUGUUGAUGAUUGCUUUAUCUAACAUUGCAAAAGGUAUUCCAGCUGGUGUAAUAGCAAUGUCUGGAACAGCAGUAUCCAGUUGGGCUGUAGACAAUACUCCCCAACAUACAGCUUAUAAUAUAGCUAGACAAAAUGGAUGCCCCACAGCUGAUCCUUUGACGAUGGUGAAGUGUCUACAGACAUUACCACCAGAUUCUAUUAUUAGGGGAGAUUCCCAAAUAGAAUUCACACAGAUCAGCAAUAGAGGCUUUAUGGCUGGUUUGUCGGGAGGACUCGGUAGUGCUCCGGUUACUGAGGGUCGAGACGAUGGCCGGUCUUUACCAGGUAUUGUUCUGGAAGAUUCUAUGGAUGAAAUGCAAGCAGGAAAAACUAAGGGAAUACCACUCUUAACUGGAAUAUGCAAGGAUGAAACAAAGAGAGCGGUAAAAGGUCCAUUCAAAGAUGACGUUUUAAACAAACUAAAUACUAUACCCAAUUUUUUAAACACGCACUUGAUUCAGAAUUUGAGAAAACUGAUUCCUCUAAAAAUUCAAAUUAACCUAAAAGAAAUUAAAGCAAAGUUCGAGGAAAAUUUCCAGAAGGGUUUAGAGAGUAUCGAAAACAUUCUUGGUCAACUAGUUCCUCCCAAUUUCAGCAACUAUGUGAAGUUGAAAACUGGAAAACUCCAUGAAGCUUUAGAUAAAGUAGCGGAUAUAACAAAUGAUGCUUUAUUCAACGUCCCAGCAUUUUUGACAGCAGACACGUGGAGCAUCCAUGGAGCACCUACCUAUCUGUACAGCUUCGACCACUUUGGUAAAAAUAAAAAAGGACACACCUUCCUUAAAGGUUCUCCACUAGUUGGUAAUGACACUCACUUCGUAGAAUUAAAUGAUACGGUUGCCCAUGGUGACGACUUAGCUUAUCUCUUCGACGCGUAUGAUGUAGAAGGAAAUCCCUUAGAACACGACAAUCUUACACAAGACGACCUAAAAGUUAGAGAGAUUUUCACGCAGAUGAUAGCAGAUUUCGCAAGAUACGGAGUUCCCAAAGUGAACAACCAGCCAGCAUCACCAUUUAACGUCAAAAAGAACAAUUUUAUCAAGAUCACAUCAUCUCCCACCCUCUCCAACAAUUUUAAGUUCUGUGAGAUGGCCCUCUGGUGUAACAUAGCUGAGAGAUUGAAGAGUACUACUUGUGAGUUUCUAAAAGCGCUGGAUCAUUCGUUUAAAAACAUGCAGAACUUUGUAAAUGGUUUGAAAAAUGCUAACUUGUCACCCGAGAAGAUACUAGAACAUGUAAAUAUGUUGAAGAACUUAACGGGACAAGGAAUCAACAUAUUUAAUCAAACUGGACUCGCUAACUUGUCACCAGAUAAAGUAUUUAAAGAGAUCAACGAGAAAAUUAAAAAUGUCAGCCUUGGAGUACACAGUUUAUUACCUCCGCAUGAACAUAAAGGUUUAGAUAUAUUAAAGAUUUUCGACAAAAAGGAUCAAAGAGAUCCAAAACAGAACGGUUUUAAUCUCAUACCAAAUAUAUUCGAAAAGAAAGACCCAAAUCAAAAUGAGUUUCAUCUCUUACCAAACAUAUUUGAAAAGAAACCUGAACCAAAACCGGAACCAGUGAUUACAGGGGGAUUUUUAAAUCUUUUUGAUGUAAGACAGGAUUCCAGGCUGAUACCUGAACAAGCUGCUCCAGUGCCAAAUGUAUUACCCAAUCUCAAGAUCGAAACACAAGUUAACAGCAAUCAGCCACAAGCUGCUCCAGUACCAAAUUUAUUACCCAAUCUCAAGAUCGAAACACAAGUUAACAGCAAUCCGCCACAAGAGGGUGGAAAUAUAGGACCAAAUGCUGUUCUAUUUCCUCCGGAUCUUUAAAUUUGAGGAAUUUGGAGUUCUUCCCCAUUGAGUUGUCACAUCUCCGGAGCUAGUUAUACCGAAUGAUAAUAUGUUAUGUCGAUAUGUUAUUUCUAAGAUAUGUACAUAUUUAAAUAAUAAAUACAUUAAGUAGAGAAAA